GACAUAUACUGAAUGUGUGUUAGAAUUUUUAAUGCAGAAGAAAAAACAUAUAUAUAUUUUUUGUUUUAUAGAAAAAAGUUCCAUGCAAUAUGUGUAGGGUUCUGAAGUGUUUUAGCAGUUAGCAUCAGGCUUCAGGCCGAUAAGACUCACCCCUGAACGGGAAAAUAGUGAGCGUGGUUAGCGGGUAAUGCUAAUGCUAAAUUCAAUUUAUCUUUGACUACUCCAUUAUAUCCAUGUCUGGCACAAGUUAAAAACAAUGUCUUGCCUACUGUACAGUUUGUAAUAGUGAUUUUAGGAUUGCCCAGGGGUAACUACAGGAUUGCAAAAGGCAUGUUGAGAAAACUAUGGCGAGGUCUAUGAUGAUAUCAUACCUGCUGAAGAGAGCCCACACAUUACAACAGGUUCUUGAGUCUUAUCUGGCUGAGUAGAGGAUGUUGUUGGAAAGGCAGUGAAUGGUAUAAAUUCCUUUAUCCUCGAAGAACUUAACUACUUUCUCCACAUCGGGCCGGGGAUUGUCAUGCACCGUGAGAAACCACGGACUCACUGCGCCAGCGUAGGGUCUUACAAUGGGUUCAAGGAUUUCAUCUCAAUACCUAAGAGCAGGCAGGACAGUGUGAGGUUGGUGGAUGGUGGGAGCCGCUGUGCUGGGAGAGUGGAAGUUCUUCAUAGAGGACAUUGGGGAACAGUUUGUGAUGAUUACUGGGAUAUGAGAGAUGCUGCAGUGGUGUGUAGAGAGCUGGGCUGUGGGGAAGCCAUAGAUGCACCACGGAGAGCUCGCUUUGGAUCAGGAUCAGGACCGAUCUGGGUGGAAUAUGCUAACUGUGCUGGAUCAGAGUCUUCACUGAAGAACUGUAGGUCGUAUGAUUGGGGUAGACAGAGAUGUAAUCAUGAUGAAGACGCUGGUGCUGUUUGUGCAGAAGUCAGACUGGUGGGCAGAUCUCACUGCUCUGGGAGAGUGGAGGUUCUUCAUGGAGAGAGCUGGGUCACAGUGUGUGAUGCUGACUUUGACCAGCAGGGUGCAGAGGUUGUGUGUCGAGAGCUGGGCUGUGGUUCUCCUGUGGAGGUUCUGGGAGCAGCUGCUUUUGGUAGAGGGGAGGGUCAGGUGUGUUUAGAGGAGCUUCAGUGUAGAGGCAGAGAAUCACAGAUUCACUUCUGUCCAAAAUCAUCUUCACUCAAACACAACUGCUCCCAUGAUAAUGAUGUGGGACUGGUGUGUGCUGACAGUGUGAGGUUGGUGGAUGGUGGCCAUCGCUGUGCUGGGAGAGUGGAGGUUUUUUAUAACAGAACAUGGAGAUCAGUGUGUGGUAAAAACUGGGAUAUAAGAGAUGCUGCAGUGGUGUGUAGAGAGCUGGGCUGUGGGGAGGCUGUAUUUAAAAAUGUUCAGUUUGGACCAAGAUCAGCCUGGAUGGAUGAUGUGAACUGUAGUGGAUCAGAGUCUUCAGUGAAGCACUGUAGAUCAGCUGGAUGGGUGGAACAAAUUUGUAAUCGACUUGCUGGAGUCAUCUGUUCAGGGGUCAGAUUGGUGGGCAGAUCUCGCUGCUCUGGGAGAGUGGAGGUUCUUCAUGGAGAGAGCUGGGUCACAGUGUGUGAUGCUGACUUUGACCAGCAGGAUGCAGAGGUUGUGUGUCGAGAGCUGGGCUGUGGUUCUCCUGUGGAGGUUCUGGGAGCAGCUGCUUUUGGUAGAGGGGAGGGUCAGGUGUGGUCAGAGAAGCUUCAGUGUAGAAGAACUGAAUCUCAGAUUCACUUCUGUCCAAAAUCAUCUUCACUCAAACACAACUGCUCCCAUGAUAAUGAUGUGGGACUGGUGUGUUCUGAAAGUGUGAGGUUGGUGGAUGGUUUGAGUCGCUGUGCUGGGAGAGUGGAGGUUCUUCAUAAAGGACAGUGGGGAACAGUGUGUGAUGGUAACUGGGAUAUGAUAGAUGCUGCAGUGGUGUGUAGAGAGCUGGGCUGUGGAGAGGCUACAGAUGCACUUAGUGGUGCUUACUUUGGAUCAGGAUCAGGACCAAUCUGGAUGGAUAAUGUGGAGUGUAGAGAAUCAGAAUCCAUACUAAAGAACUGUAAAUCAGCAGGAUGGGGUAAACAUAACUGUAAUCAUCCUAAAGAUGCUGGAGUCAUCUGUUCAAGUGAGUUACACUAAAAACUUAGUAUGAACUUCUGUAAUCAAAAAACCUUUUAACCCACUGCAUA